AUGCACAUCUCUUCCAUCUUCUACGCCAAAUUCGAUCCAUUAGCUGGGCCUCAGAUUGUCUUUCAAGUUCCAGAAGACUUGAUCACGACACCACCGCCUCGCAUUCCGGCUCCAUCCUCUCCACUGGAAGGUAAUAGCCGAGUAUCGACCAAUCCAAGCUCUCGAAAUGAGAGUUUUAUCGCUUCGAGUAUCCGCUCUUCGUCGUCCAUGUCGGUCGCAAAUAAAACUAGCGACAGUCUCAGCAAGUCGACAUCGUCUCACCUCUCUUCCUCCAUUUCUACAUCUAGCGCCAAUAUACAGGGCAAGAUGAACUCACUCUCGCCUAUCCGCUCCCCAACUACCAACCCAAUUAACGCUGGACUUGGCAAUCAAACGACCACGCUAUUCGAGUGGGAACUCGUUUCGCAAUUCGUUGUGCCUCGCGCAGAUAUAUGUGGGCGGCUGACGAUUUGCACGACAAAGAAACACCGGAUUGUUGGUUUCCCGGUAAUGAUUUGGGAUGAGGAAAAGUACGGGCGCGGGACGUUUCAGUUCAAUGUUUGUUUCGUAUUUGCAAAAGAAGUCGACGUCAGCUGCUACGAACCCAUUGUACGCAAGCUCGCUAGAGUGCUGACGGCGUGCGAGAACGACCAUUCAUUCCUUUCUGCUCCUGAAACGAAAGAUAAAAUAUAUCCAAUCCUCGAACAGCUCUUCGCCGACCUCAAUUCGUUUUCCGAGACAUCGAUCCGGAUCGACAAAUACAAUUCUAUAGAGCUUCGUAUCUUUCCACAUUAUCCAAACCCGCCCAAGGUCAACUCGUGGGAUGUACCAGUACCGUUGAUCGACAUUGCAAAUCGUAUCGAGCCAAACUGGGACUUGACAAUGCGCAAAGUCGUUCCAUUUAUCAACGGAGUAGAUCAUGUAAAAAAGAUUGCGCAGAAAGCGGAGGCGGAUAUCGACCUUGUCAAAGAGUGUAUGGCGCAGGUGAUGAUGUAUCAAUGUGUGAUGAUGAUUGACAUUUUUCAAUUCUCCAAUCUCUACACCCUCUGCCGGCCUGUCAUGUGGCUUUUCACCGACCCGGCUGUUUAUGAAGAGUGUGGGCCUUAUGUCUAUAAAGGCCCACCGGAUUCCUCUCCACCGGACUGGCCUCAGCUGGCAUGGUAUUAUGCGCGCCUCAAGCCACCACUUACAGUUGGGAAAUGGAUCAGACGGCACAAAAUAGACGUAGACAAGAUUGACGUUCGUCGGUUCAUCACAUUUGGUGUCAUCAAGGGCUUCCUUCGGCGGGUUCACCGUUGGCCAAUACUACUCAAAGACGACCGCAUGAUGUUUACGCAGGUGGCCCCCAGCAUCCCACCACCUCAACUAACCGGAUUCACUCCGGGUGUAUUGGCACGAAGAAGACCGAAGAGCACAUUAUUCCCUCAACAAGCUCUCGGUUAUGGGGAGAUGUUGGACGGGGAACCUCAUCCGUCAAACGUGAGCACCCACUCUGGCAUCUCCGAGCCACCGCCAAAGCUUGGUUCCUCUGCGGAACCAAUGCCUCCACCGCAGUCCAUUGCCCUUCCUGCGGAUCAGAAUCCCAAUGUCGCUGGACACAAUGCUGCUGUGGCUAACUUCAGUGAGAAAGGGCUCGCCGCUGACGAAACCAAAAAGGGGAAUGACGCAUUUGCAGCCGCGAUUGAGAAGCGGUUUUCGGAUGGGAAGCUGGCUACAAAGGUUAUUGGUGGAAUCUCUGCCUCUAACCCUGCGUCGUACGCCUCGCCUUCCGUCCUCAAGGCGCGUAUGGGUGAAUAUGCGUACCCUCCUGGGAUGGGUAAUCUCCAGGAGACUCAACAGAGCCGAGGGAUGGGCGGUGGAGGCAAAGAGGAGGUUUCGACUACAGACGACACUCAUGCUGUCUCACUUCCUAUAGCUCAAGAACUGGCUGCACACGCACACCAGCAGCAACACGCUGUAACUCAACUUCAACUCUCACGGAAUCAAGCCAUUGGGUCAGCAGGGAGGAUAAAUGCUGGUGGAUUGGCCGUCGAAGUGCCACCGGAUCUCAACGAACUUCUCGACGGUACACAUCAUGGUGACGAACUAUGUGUGCAUUUUGGGUUGAGUUGGAACGUGUUGCUAGGGAUAUUGGCCGUGAUUGGUGGUGCGCCACCUCCACCUUCGCCGUCAUUUGAUGAUGAUGGUGCCGGAGAGUGUGAUUUAGGAAGAGUCAAGAUCCUGUAUCGCUAA